GCGAAAUAUUUCGCAAUCGACACAUCGUGAGCAGCAACCAACAGGAUCGGACGUGUAAGGCAGAGAAAGAGCUGUAGGUUUAUCAUCAAUUACUUCUUUAGUGAGUGUGAGUUAGGGAUUGUAACUCAGUAUUUGUUGACUUAACUCAUACUUGUGUACGUUUAAGAAUUUAAAGGGCAGAAUUUUAAUCAGAAAACUCGUUGCGCUGUGAAAUUUGUAGGUUGGUCCUACAGUACUAACUAUAGACUAGAGUCCGUGUAAGACGUGCUGGUAGGCCUAGUCUCGUAAAAUUCUACUGUUGUAGCAGUUUUAUAUCCGUGAAAAUCCAGUUAGUUUUGAGAAAACGAGCACUAAAUUCACAAAAAUACUGUACUCUGGUAACUAAUUCGUAGUUCUGCCGAUUUUAUCAAGCAAUUUCAUAUUAAAUGAUUUACUUUUUGAAUUUUAAUAUGGAAAGUGAAUUAGCAACAACGGUGGAAAUCCAAAUUGAGGAGACAAAACCAAGAUGUAAACGUAAGAAAACAAGACGUGGCCGAAAACGGAAACUUAAUGUUUUAUCCACUUCAGACGAUACUGUAGGUUUAGCAACAACUCCAGUAAAAAGCAGAAAGCGAGAGCAUCUUCCAUGGAAACCAAAUCUUCGCCCACAGACCAUUGCAGCCCCCCGUUCAGAUGAUUUUGAUCCAGUAGAGGAAUGGUAUCGUGUACCAAAUUCUCCUUCUAGUCCUCUUCCACCACCUGUGACAGAUUGUGAACCAAUUUCUCCAUCUGAAUAUUAUCUUCAAAUGUAUGGUCCAGAUGAAAUUUCGUCAUCAGAUACAUCACCGGAAAAGUGUCAAAUUGAAGUCUUCACACAACCACUUUUUCAGCGAUUAGGCCAAAGCCAAUCGUUUCCUAUCAAUAGGCGGUUGAGUUCUGAUGGCGAAUCUUGUGGACAUUCAUCAUCCACUUCAAAAAGUGAUUGUGAUUUGUCAGUGCUGGGAGCAACUUCAAGAAGUGUGAACAUUGUUGAGAAGACAUCAGCAUUAAACUUUGACUUUGAAAAUGAACAAGCUUUAUUAGAUGUUCUUCACUCAAUGACAAAAUCGCAACUGAUACAGAAAUAUUUUGAUUUGAAAAAUAGACUGCAUUCCUUGGAAAAGCAAAGUAAAGACUUGUGUGUGGCAUAAACCUGGAAAGUUCCAUUUGUCCUGUUAAGUGAUGAUUAUCACCUAGUGACAAAAACUUAUUCAUUCUUCAUAUGAAAGAAUAGAAAUUAUAAAAUGAUGGAUUUCUAUCCAAGGAUGGUGUGGCACUUGCGGAUGUCAGGGGUCGGAUGACCAAGUGCGAUUGACUGGCACCUUGCUGAGCAAACAGUCUGCUGUUACAGUCAGCCUUACACCAACAACCUACGGUGUAAGCGGGAUCAUGGGAUCAUCGAGGCGAAACGACCGUGGAGAACUGGGCGGAACGGAAUGGCAUUCCACUGAACCAAACUUUUGGACAAAAGGGUGUAUUCCAAUAUACUUCAGAAAUUGUCAAUCGACAUGGGUACAGUGAUUUAGAGUAUUUUGCUUCUUUAUAAAAAUAUAAAGAUUCAGGGGGUAUUGUUAAAGAGAAGUGAUUUUUUUUUCUUUGAACUUAAUUAUUUUUUUUAUUACAGUAUAGGCAGUUUUCACAAGCUUGUUGAACUAAAGUAGUAACUGUCCUGAGUUAUAAUUUUAUGUAAAAGUUAUAGUGUAGAUUGUUCAGGUAAAUACCUUAUGAAGAAAAAAUAUAUUGUUCAAUGUUUUAAAGUGUUAGCAUUUAAUCAAGGUGCCAAUAAAAUACAUUAUUGUUUAUACAAUUUAA